GCUCGUUGACUAUCCGGGCACCAGCGGCUCCUUCUCUCGCACGCCACGCGCGCGACGCCUUCUUCCUCCUCCCUCCAGAGGCCACAGUCCCACUCCCCCCAACCCUAUCCGAAUGCUUCCAUUCGUCUCUGCGCUGCACGCACCCUCCCCCCACCUCCGACGAUAGAUUCAGGCGCCUGACGGACCUCAACUUCAAUGGCCGGCGCCUAGAUACAGCCCACACCAAGCAAAGCAAGCGUCCCUGCACCUUGUUCGUGCCGUCGUGCCGUGCAUCCAUCCAUCCACGUGUUUCUACUAGCUUCUUCAUCGACGUGCUAAGAUGGCUCGGGCGAAUCGGAACCAGAGAUCCUGCGCGCGUUGCCACCGGGACCUCCCGGGCUGCUCCUGCGGCGGCGGCGGGCGCGGGCACGCCCGUCGAUCCGCCCGGCUCGGCCGCGGCCGCGACCCCGGCGGCGCCGACCGCAUCAGCGCCCUGCCCGACGACCUGCUGAUACAGAUCCUCAACCGUCUCGGCUGCGCCGCCGCCGCCGCCCGGACGGGCCUGCUGUCGCGGCGGUGGCGCGGCCUCUGGACCCGCCUCCCCGACCUCGUCCUCCGCGAGGUGGCCCCCGGGUCGCUCCACGCCGCGCUCGCGCGGCUCGCCGCCGCGUUCGAGCUCGAGCCCCGCGCCCGGCCGCGGCUCCUCGACGUCGGCGCCUCCUGCUACCGCAUUUUCUCGCCCGCCCAGAUCGCCGCGCUCCUGAACGCCGCCGCGACGCUGCAGCCGGAGAACCUCGCCGUCACCUUCACCGUCCAAGUUUUUGGGCUCGUCCCCGGCGGCGUGGUGAUGCUGCCCCGCCUCGACGGCACCAGGUCGAUCACGCUGGAUGUGCAGGGCGUCAAUCUGAUCACGCCCGAGUUAGGGGACAUGCCCGACCUCGAGAGCCUGUCGCUUCGUUGCUACGACGUCGUCCUAGCUAGACUGCUCGACCGCUGUUCCGCCCUGCGUAGCCUUUCCAUUUCCAUCUCCCAUCUGGACCGUGGCUCCAUCACGGUCAACCUGCCCUUGCUCGAGGAGCUUGUUCUGUCAGCCACGGCGCCGCUCCGGCGAGUCGUCAUCGUAGCCCCUAGGCUUAAGAAGCUGACAUUUGAGGCCAGGGCGGGUGUCCUGUACUACAUGGCACCAGAUGUGGAGGAUCUCUCAUGGCAAUGCAGUAACCGCGCGUCACGUGUUCGCUUUGGUGACAUUUGGUGCCUGAGGAACGUGACCAUAAAGACAUCGGAGCGCCAAGAGCCGCUGCAGCACAGCCCUCCCUCGCAUACCCUGUCGCUCGGCAUAUGGGAAUCGCAAGUGUUUGUUCAGGAAGCUGCCGCCCCGAGCUUUGAGCAUUAUGUAUCGUCCCUCUUUCCUGUUGCCAACAUUUCUGCUCUAGAGCUCUGCAUCAACUCCUGCGGACAUGUCUAUGGAGCAAUGGUCCUGCACCUGCUUGAGGUUUAUGCCUCGAUAAAGAGGCUUAAGCUGGACAUUCCUAAGUUUCAUGGGAGAAUACUAUGCACUGCGAGCUGCCCCUGUAUUCAGUUGAAUAACUGGACAAGUCAGACUGUCUCCUUGACUCAUCUGAAUGAAAUGGAAAUUAAAGGCGUUAGAGGGGAGGAUCAUGAAAUCGAUAUGUUGAAGGUGAUAUUAAGAAGUGCAGCGAGGCUUGAGAGAGUGACCAUCACGUUCAAGACGAAGUCUAAACAGCACAUUCGCCGCUUUUCUAGUAAAGUGCAAAGCAUCUUGAAGUCACAUCCCUCUGUGAAUUGCAAAUUUUAUCACUGGUCUGGUGAGCCGGUGUUGUCCGCAUGACUAGCUUGCUCGUAGAUGUGAAAAGGUUCCAUUGCAGUUAAGUUUGAUGGAGCCUAAUAAACAGCCUGAGGCUAUUAAAGUGGUUGGAGUUUAGCCAGCAUCCAUUUCCUAAAUUCCAAGCGUCUCAAGUGGCAUCCCAGUUCCGAGAAGAGGUUCUCUAUCAAGGGCGGCAGAGAUGCUGCUGUUACCGUGCAUUUGGGAUGAACUUAUCUACUGAAAAAGAUUAAUGUAAUCUUUUUAGCAAUGUACUAUCCCUGGAACAUUAUUUUAGGGGAAACAUGUAGCGUAAUAUCUUUGGCAAUAUACUAGCCUGAUGGAUCAUGCUCUUAUUAGUAGAUGCUGUGGAGUUAUCUGACAGAUAUUUAUAUCUGUAUUUUACU